AUGAUCGACAAUAUUCGUGAGUCAAAAACAAUGGCUAAAACAUUUCGUUUUGCUUCAGAUCAAGUUCUAACUGUUGACGAAGAUAAGAUUGAAAAAAUUCCGUAUUUAGCUGCUAUUGUGUCUUCAGCAGAUCACUUUGAAUCAGUACGCAACAAACUUGGCCACUAUAAACUCGAUCCACAUAUUGAAUAUAAACAUUUUUGUUUUGCUCUCGAAUCACUUUCGUUUCAUUCGGUUCGACAAAUAUUCAAUCAUCUACCUAAACAAAAUGAUGUUAUACCUAUUAUUGCUCUUCUCGAUUUUCUUGGUAUUGGACCACAACCAGAUCCGACUUUGCGGGAAGUUGAUUCAAUUUUUUUUUCAAAUUUAGUAUAUAGUCCUAUGUUAGGAAAAUAUGUACAGAUAGUCAGGCCAUCCGUUAUUCAGAACAUAGCUGUUCGAUUUGCGAUUGCCAUGGCUAAAGAGGAAUAUGAUUUUACCAGUGAGGCAGUGAUCGAUCAAAUAUAUUGGUUUGUUAUGUUUAUUUUAAGUGCUUACGAAUUAUUUGGGCCUCGUCUUCGCUAUCAUGUAUUUAGAAUCGCUGAACAUUGCUUUUCUAUUUUCAAACCUUUGUUGUUACAAUCGUUCAAGAAACUUGUACUUAGAAUAAAGAGAGAGGCAAGAAACUUCCUUUCAACUACAAAUCACGAUGACAUUGAUCCUGGUGGAGAUAACGAACAUUCUUUGAAGAAAAUACUCUAUGAACCUGCCCAAAAAUGGCCUUUCUUCUUCUGUCGAAAUUUAAAAGAACGACAGGAAUUAAUUCGUAAUCGAAUAUAUGAAAAUCAUUAUCGGUUGCAGUUUUUGAGAGUGCCUGACCAGACGAAAAUUCUCGAACCAGUAAUUCGACGUGUAGUAGAGAUUAUGUAUGAGAGUUUACAAAGUGAAAUCUGUCGACGCGCAGUAAUAAAAAUACAUAGACGAAAAAGUUGGAUUAACGACGUAAAGAAAAAUUUCAAUUUAGAGUUUAGCUUUUAUCCAUGGUACAGCGAAGAUUUACCGAAAGAAAUAUGUGACAUAUGGAAGCAUGAAUUAAUACAAAAGAAAAUACGUGAACUUAUAUUAGAAGAAAUAUCUGUGUUAACACCGAAAUUAGAACAAAAAAGGAAUGAAUUAGUGACAAAAAUACGAGAAUAUGAACAAAGUCACGAUAUAUCACAUGAAUCUAUGCUCGAUAUAUUCAAUUUUCAUUUGUUCUAUUUCAAUCCAUUCCAUCGUUCAUCUUUUGAAAUUCUACAGGAAGAAGCUUUAUCUUAUGAGCUCAUACUGGAUAUAUUACGUCAAGGUUCAAGCAUAGAAGAAGAAAUACAUUGGCGUGUGCUCAAGGCAUUGCAUGUAGCUGCAUUAGAGCAGUUUGUGGAGUGGAAGAACACACAACAGGAUAUAACUAAGCUACAUGAUGAAUUAUCCUCAUACCUGCCACGAGAAACAUUUCUUUCUGUUGUAUUAAGUAAUACAAUCUAUCCAAACCAUCAAGUUCCUGUGAAUAAACCUAAAUCAUUACCAAAACUUCAACUUAAGUAUUCGAUGCGUCAAUUAAAUGUAUUUCGGUCAUAA